UGCUACUUUAAUUUUCACACCAUCAGCUGAUGUAUUUCUCCUUAAGUACCUUCUUCUCUUAAGAAGCUGUUUUCUGGCAAGUCAGAAUUUUUCUUUCUCUUACUUUAUUCUUUGUUACUAUUCUCUCUCUCUCUCUUUUUUUUUUGCCCAAGUCUCCAAACUUAGUUUGGUUGGCUGAAGCAGUAAAAGAACAAGGGAAUAAAAUCUUCAAGAGUGACUAAUUAAUGGAAAUUUUUCCAGUCUAGAUACCAUUCUCUACAGAUGAAGCACCAUGUCUUUGUGCAACUCAACAAUGGACUUGAAAUUUGGUUCCCAGCUGAAAUGCAGCAUACCAGUUCCAGUCCAAGGAGGACCCUUUUCUCCUCUCAAUUUCUUUCCCCGUCCAAAUAGGUCCUUCCCUCUGCUGAGCCAAGAAGAGCUGGUGGAGACCUUGGAUGGGAGCCCCUUUGACUUGAAUGACCUCAGCCCUGGUCUCUUUGUGAGCAGUGACUCCUCUAUGCCAGAUUCACAGCUGGUCCGAAGGAUAGUCUCGCAGGUGGAGUUCUACCUUUCUGAUGAGAACUUGUCCAAGGAUGCCUUCCUCCUGAAGCAUGUGCAAAAGAACAAAAUGGGCUAUGUGAGCAUUAAACUUCUGACAUCCUUCAAAAAGGUGAAAUAUUUAACCAGAGAUUGGCGAGUGACCCUCUAUGCUUUGCAGUUCUCAGAACUGCUGGAAGUCAAUGAGGAAGGGACAAAGGUGAGGAGGAGAAAACCCAUCCCAGAUUAUCUGGUGAACAUCCCUCCAAGCAAGAUGCUCCUGGCCUGGAAUCUCCUUCCAUACGAGCAAACAAUCCCUGCCUCCCUUCUCUUCCAGACAACAUUUCUUGACAAAAUCACCAAGCUGUUUGGGCCCUUUGGGGAUAUUUCCUCCAUUCGUAUCCUCCGUCCUGGCAAAAAGCUUCCUUCCGAUGUGAAGAAGUAUUCAUUACGGUAUCCAGAGCUGUUGACCAAAUGUUGUGCCUUGGUAGAAUAUGAGAGUUUAGAGAGUGCCCGAAAGGCUCUCGAAGAGCUUGGCCACAACCAAGCCUCCUCUUCUGGGGAAGUUAUAAAAGUAGUCAGCCUCUCUGGAAGAGGUUCCAAGAAGAAGAGUGCAGCCAGUCAAGAUGAUAGUGAGGAAGCUGAGGAGAUGGAGAAGCCUUCUGGGAAGUGGAACUAUAUGCUGCCGGAAGGCCUCCAGCAUGCCCUUGAUGAUUCCUUCUUUUACAGCUCAUCCACAGAGUCAGAUAGCACCCCGGUGUCUACUCCUAUUCUGCCUCGGAAUUUCCUAUCUGCUCCUGUCUGGUCCACCACCAACUUCUGCAAUUCUGCUAACCAGGUCUUCAAACAAAACUACUUCAGCAUGCCAUAUGCAGGUCAUCUCUCAUUGCACAAAUCCCUGCCUUGGCCUUUCUGCCCACCUCCUAUCCCUGCACCCAAGCUGGGCAAUGCCACUUCGGAAUCACGAAAGCCACCCGACUUCUGCUGGGACACUGGAGUAGGUACUGGGAACCCAUGGAUGCCCAAACGGCGUGGACCAGCCAGCAGUCAACAUCUUCCACAGAAACCUGACUCUGUGAGCACAGGAGCUGCUUCCAAAAGGAUGUCUGAAUUACAUGGUGCACGGCCAGGAGUGAUCCGCCUUCCUCAAGGGCCAGAUGGCACUAGGGGUUUCUACAAUACCAUUGGGAGGGGGAAAUUUAUCUUGAGACACUGAGUUUUCUCUCCUUCUGGGGGCUGUAAGCUUUAUAUAAGAGCAUGUGUAUCAUUUUGCAGAUGGGCUUAAAUUCAAAGGAUUCAGGAGUCUGAUCUGUCAGAACUGUAACACUAGGAAAAGUUACUACUUAAUGUAGGGCUGGCUUGCCUAGUGGGGGGCUAAAUUGUACAAAAUGCCAAGUAGAUUACUUUUUCACCUCUUCAGUUUGCCAUUCUUCCUUCAGUGCACUUUCAAGACUGUCCCUAGGUCAAUUUCUUUCCAACUUGUAUACCCAUUUCCAAGAUCUAAAAUUGUCUUUUUGACCCAGUAAAAGGGUUCUGUUGGUCUGUGUUGCCCCCUUUCUUUGCUGCCUUAUUUUUCUUUUGGAACUUGAUUUAUGGAAUGACGAUGACUAUGGAGGAUCAGUGAUAAAACAGAGAAUAUUAGAGUGGAGCUGUGCAACAUACUAGAUUUGGAAUGCCUUGUAUUUCUGUGCCUGUGAGAACUCGGAAUGAGUCAAUAAAAAGUGUGGAGACAUUCCAAAGA